AUGGUAACAGCAGAGGGGUUAAAGGUGAGGCAGUGGCCCCCUUCUUUCACUGUAAUGCGGGGUCAGAGUGCCAACCUGUACUGUCGUUUCGAGGCCACGUCCUACGGGGUGGACUGGUUCAAGAUGGAGGGGGCCGAGAAGGUCCCCAUCCCAGAUUCAGCUGGGCAGACGUCCCUGGUGAUAACCGAGGUGUCCGUGGAGGAUGCCGGUGUGUAUUACUGCGAGGUCAACGUCCUACACAGAGAUCCAGAGCGAGGGAACGGCACAAAGCUCAUUGUCCUGGGUAAGACAGAAACAAAUUAGCCUGGUCCCAAAUCUGUUUGUGCUACCUUGACAACUCAUAUGGCCAUUGCUUGGCAUGAUAAUGACCAUAGGAUUAAGCAUUAAAAAUCAUCUGGAACCAGGCUAAGAACUAGCUCUGAUAAGAAAUAAAUGCAUCCGCCUUUAUUCUUGGAAUGUCUUCUUGUAACUCAUUAGAGUUUCUCAUCAUUAUUUCUGUCUUUGUAGGUAUUGUUGUUGUUGUUGUCAUUGUUGUAAUUGUCUCUCAUUUGUAUCCUUUGAGCAUUUGUUUGAACCCAAAUGGUUAGCAGGGAGGCAAUUACAUUUAAACCAGUGGGCUAUGCAUCACCAUAAAGAGGCCUAACCAAGCUCAAAUCUAUAACAAUUCUAGCCAUGUGGAAAUUUCCUUUCCGUUCAUCUUUUUGCCUGAGUGGUUUCGUGACAGAUCCAGAUACAAUCACCCCGGCACAAUGCAUUGUGGAUUCUAUUGAUCUUUGCAGGGAAUUGAAACCCACCACAGAACAAGGCAAAGAGGCAUCGUCAAAUUAUUAUGUGCAAACCCCUCAUGCGAAAGAGAAGGUUCCUCCCAGCGUUUCUCCAGUGGGGUGCACGUUACAGAGUCCUGCACCAUUUACAGAACCAUGACUGUGUCAUUUUGCCACAACUGUAUUACCAACAUGGUCUGAAUAGAAUAUGUCAAAAUAGUGAAAUAUAACAUACAGUAUAACUACUAUGGUUAAUUGUUAACAAUCUGACAUAUUUCGAAUGAGCGGCAGGUAACCUAGUGGUUGAGAGCGUUGGGACAGUAACCGAAAGGUUGCUGGUUUGAAUCCCCGAGCUGACUAGGUGAAAAAUCUGUCUUUGUGCCCUUGAGAAAGGCACUUAAUCCUAAUUGCUCCUGUAAAUUGCUCUGGAUAAGAGCAUCUGCUAAAUGAUGACAAAAUGUAAUAAGAUAGAUGGUAUUGCAUCACCCCCUUCCCGUUUCUCCUCCUGCCCCUAAUAGCACCCCCCUCUGUGCCCCAACUCCUCCUCCAGGUCCCCUCGGACCCCCAGACUGACCAAUGGGCUCUCCUCUGUGUCACUGGUGGGUUCCACCCACACCACCUCACCCUAACCUGGACCCACCAGGGUGGAGAAGAUAGCCCCCACCGCUUUGUUGGCAGCAACUGCACCAUUCAAAUCAACCAAUCACACAGCCUGAUUCCAAAGCUCUCAACUCCUAAUUGGAUGGGAGAGUGUUUCCAGGUGACGGACAGCUCCAGAAAGGAAGUGUACGUAAUCAGUGUGCUGUCCCUCCCCCCGCGGGGGUCUGUGGAUGCUGGAGUCUCCUACACCUGUAGUGUGCACUGGACUCAUCCCUGUCUGCCUCCUUCUCCUGGGGUGAGCUUUAGUUAACACUACUGAGAGGCUGUAUUUCACUAGGCUAUUUCUCAUAUGGCUCAAAUAUCUAUUCACAGCCAACAGCUUGCAUGGCAUACUUGAGUGAAGUCAAGGUUUUCCUUAUCAAAUUUUAUACAGCUGUGCUUCCACUACACACAGCUUCAGUCAAUCAUGGGCAUUUAACGACUGCAAAUUGAAUUCACCCUCAGGUCUGUCAUCAUUGUGUGAGGUCCAUAACUGUAUACCUUAACCCUAGGUUAAGUUUGCAUUGCCUUUUUGUCUACGCUUACAGACGCAGCCCCCAAUGAGGUGAUUGGAUGCUAGAAUAUCCUUAAGAUCUGUGUCCUCUGUGGAGUGACUGUGGUGUUUUCCAUUGCA